UAGUUGUUUGGGUCUGUGAGCGUUCUUGCUGUGGUAUCCUAGCAAUGCUCAGAUCUGGAAUGCGAGGACAGGGUGUGAAGUGCAGCUGUGCUGUCGUCUCUUCAAUGACUGUCUCAUACCAUUGGCUGUCUGCCCUAUAGUGCCUUCUGAUUGGCAGGACCUAUGAUCCGUUUGGAUCACUGACUGAUGAUAGAACAAACAAGAGGCCCAAAUCAGGGAACAUUUCUUUAUAAAGUUUUAUUUUCAUUGCCAGACUUUUGUCCAUUGCUUGUCAGUAUUCACUGAAAAUGGAAUCUCUGGCAGAAGAAUAUUCUGGAUCUUGCUGUUUCUUACUGGAGAUAGCAAUUUAGGAAAGUUGGUUUUGUAACUACUCAGAAUAACUUACAGUAUAACGGAGAUUAUCUGACUGAUUAUAAUGACCGAUCAAACUACUUGGUUGUUGGUGUUGGUCUGAUGCAUAUGUACUGGGCGCUUCCCCUGCCACUUUCAAGAGCAUGUCAAGUCAUUGUGAUAACACAGGGCAGCAGGGGCAGCGUGCUCAAGCUUGAGCCUGUCCCAGAAUGCACCAGCUGUUCCGUCUAGUGUUGGGACAGAGAGACCUGUCCCGUGCAGGAGAUCUCUUCUCUCUGGAUGACAGCGAGAUUGAAGACUGUCUUUCGCAAGCCCUGGAGGAAAUCAAAGUCAUAUCCUGUUCUCCAGACUAUCUGACCAAUGACAAUGACCAGGCGGUGGUGGAGAUCUGCAUCACACGCAUCACUACAGCGAUCAGGGAGACAGGCUCGAUUGAGAGGCACGGAGCAGCUCUUGUGUCAUUAUGGGAGUCUUGUCUCGAACAUAACCUCCAGCCGCAGGGCAAAGAUGAAGACACACCUCAUGCCAAGAUCGCCUCCGACAUCACCAGCUGCAUCUUGCAGAAUUACAACAGGACUCCAGUGAUGGUGUUAGCGGUUCCUGUGGCGGUGCGGUUCUUACAGCAAGGGAACCAAGAGCUGAGCAGAAACAUGUCCAGUUACUUGUCCCUGGCUGCCAUUGCUAAAGCUGAACUCCUGGCCCAACACACAGAGGCUAUCACCUGCAGCGUGCUGACAGGUAAUGCCAUGCUGUUGAGAGUGCUGCCAUCCGUAUAUCCACGACAGCCAGAGCCUAUCCAUCAGCACAUCCGUGAGCUGACGGCGAUGAUGUCCCAGCUGGACCAGGCCGGCAGACAGCACCUGCUCAGACUACUACAGAUGAUCUCUGACCUUCACCCCCUGGUUUUAUCGUCUUUGGUACCAUCGUUUAUUGGUUACCUCAGUGACAAUGAUCUCAGUGACACUGCCUUGGGUGUGUUGGUGAACGUGGCUCAGGCAAGCCCUGCCUCUCUCACUCCCUUCCUGUCCACGCUGAGAAAUGUGGGUCAGAAGAACCCUUGGUUGCUGGGACACAUCGCUAAGAUCCAUGGGACAGUGGGUCUAACUAGUGAGGUCCAGGCUCGCGGGGCUCUGCAAUAUCUGGUGUCUCUGUUAGCGAGUAUGGAGCACAGCGCACAUCACACACUACUGCUGGAAAUCCGCUGCCUGACUGAUCGCUACACCUCCAUCCUGGGCGGCGGGGGAAAAGACAUCUACCGGAUGAGCAACAGUUUCACCGCCAUCGCUCGACUGCUGGGACGCAAGCUGGAGGCUGACAGUACACUGAGCAGAGAGGAGGAGAAGGUGCAGGAUUUGUCCAGGCCGUGUGAAGCCAAGCCUAGUUCUGCCACGUUUGCUGAGAACCAGCGUCUGCAGGUGAAGAUCCAGGCUUUUGAACAGAAGAUGGGCGAUGAAGAGGUGGAGUCUGAGAGAGAGGACGAGUCUCCUGGUCCUCAGAGACGCCACAGUCUGGGUCAAGCAGCGCGAGACGAGCGCAGAGAGAUGAGGUUCAACAGGUCAAAGAGUCUGGCUCUUCACGCUGUACGCACACAAUCCAUUAACUCUGACAGCAGUCCAGAGGGAGAGGGGGUGGAUCUGGGUGCAGAACUCAAUGUCUGUAAGACCAGUCCCAGCCCAGAGACUGGUCCUGUCCCCUCAACCCUGCAGGAGAACCACAAAGAUCGCACAAAAAAUCAACCUGACACAUCUCCAAACAGUGAGGGGCAAAAGGUGGAGGUUGGAGACCACCGGGAGGGAGAUCGACUCUGGAUGCACCUGAGAGACAACAUGGAGGAAAUCAAAACCUUCUGUGCAGAAAUGAUCAAACUAAUCCCCAUACCUGAGCACUGUGUCAUUGAAGACUCACAUCGUGGCUGUGUAGCUAAGCUGUCAUUCUCCUGUCCACUGAAAGGACACUACUGCCUCUAUGGAAAGUCCUGUUUCUCCCUGUGUAGCUGCCAGCCACACCUCUGGAUCCAAAUCAUGCUACUGUCACUGCAGAGUAAAGUGAGUGAGGCGUUGUGCUGUCAGGACGAGUGUGUGCAGCAGCUGAGGAAACUCUGGGAGAAAACACAGCUGACGGGAGCACACAGCUUUGAGCUGGCCAUGACCCAGACAACUGUGCCUCACAAGAAGGAUGUGGACAGUUUGCAGAUGUAUCUGGAGGAGGUUCGUUUCUUUGACCUGUUCAGCUACAGUGAAGAGGAGGGUGGCUGGCUCUGUUUCAUGUGCAGUAAUCCAGAAAAAGCCACAGUCGUUAACCAGGAUGGCCAGCCACUCAUCGAAGGGAAGCUGAAGGAGAAACAGGUACGCUGGAAGUUCAUCAAAAGGUGGAAAACACGUUAUUUCACUCUUGCCGGCAACCAGCUUCUUUUCAGAAGAGGAAAAUCAAAGGACGAGCUGGACAACAGCACAAUUGAACUUAGCAAAGUGCAAAGCGUUAAGGUCGUUGCAAAGAAAAGGCGUGACCGUGGGCUGCCCAGAGCCUUCGAGAUCUUCACCGACAGCAAAACCUACGUGCUGAAAGCUCAAGAUGAGAAGCAUGCGGAAGAAUGGCUGCAGUGCAUCAAUGUGGCUGUGGCCCAGGCCAAAGAACGUGAGAACCGCGAGGCCACCACAUACCUAUGAUGCCUAUUCUGCCGAAGAUGUCGUCUUAAAGACUGGCAUAUCAUGCCACGUGGGUAUGUCUUAUUGCCAUGUUAUCUCAUUACAAUGGUUUGUCAACAUCAAAGACAAAGGCCAUGUCUCAAAUGCCAACUUCAACUGUUCUAGCCAUCCUCCACCUAAAUUCUUGCAAUGGUAAGUCACAAAGAUCAUCGGUUAGUACUUUUCUAGGGUGGGCUUGGCAAUGGGUGUCAAGGGGGGAUGGGGCGUCCUUCUGAAUCAUGAAAUGAUCAAUGGGACUUCUCGGACAUGUGAUAGGAAAGGGCACAAGGCUACAAGUCAACAAAAAGUGCGUAAUUUGGGACAUGACCAAAGAAAAGAGUGACGUACAAUGAAGCUGAGCAACACUGCGCUGUCUGUUCCACACUUCGCACAGUCGUUAUGUGGGUCAUAUUGCAAUGUUUUGAGAACAGAAAUUAUGAUUUAUUUAAUCUUUAUUUAGUCUUUCCAGAAAAGUAUAGAAGACUUACUCAGAUUCAGCUAUCACUUACAGUUAGGGCUGUCAUGGUUAACAUAUUAACGCAUAAGUUUAACUUUUGUUUUACCCUAGAAUGCAUAAACCAAAAAAUCUACACAAAUGCAUAAAGGGGGGUCAAAGUGACCUGAAUGGGGAUUAAUGGUUUUCUUUAGAAAAUAGGUGUCUUAUUAAUGAAAUAAUUAAAAUAAUUGAUGAUACACAAAUGUUUUAAAGGGAUAGUUCACCCAAAAAUGAAAGUUCUGAUCAUUUACUCCUCUUCAAGUUGUAUAAAUUUCUGGAACCUGUAUAAUAUUUGGAAGAAUGGAUGUAACCAAGCAGAUCUCGCCCCCCAUUGAUACCAUAGUAUUACAACCAUAAAUGGUUUAAUUAAUUGACAGCCCUACUUACAGUAAGCACUGAAGUCUUCAUAAUCUUGAAUUGUACUACCAGCUCUCCUGUGCUCCCAGAAUUCAGCAAGGACCAUCUUGACAGCAAUAAUAUUAUUCUACAUUAAGCACUCAGUUGUCAAACUACAGCAAUAAAAGAAUUAAGCUGGAUUGAUUUUACAAAAAAAAGGACCAAAAGCAUCAAGAAGUGCCUCUAAUAAUCAGCGCAUGAAAACAUUCACCUCUGGGGAUACAAAUGUAUAAAUGGAGUGGCAAAACAGAUCUUUGUACACAAUGUUCUUUGGCCACAGGAUCUUUCCUGUAAAUACUGUUGAUCGAUGACUUUUUGAAUAACAUGGAGGACCUCUUCGAAGUUCGAGGGAAGCACAGAACAAUGUAGAAAGAAAUUCAUUCCACUGGUAUGUUUCUGAGCUGUGUUUUGUGUUCUAAUGUGGGCUUUCAUGUCUCCAGGCACGUUUGCUGGCAAAGUUUGACCCUUUUUCUCUAUGAUUUUUAUCCAUGGAUGAAUGUCAAUGUUGUACUGUAACAGUGACUCAAAUACAAACCUUUUAUUUAUUUAUAGUAAUAACUAUUUUUGUUGUGCAAAGGCAAAUGAGUCAAUCAGUAAAUGAGUGACCUCGGGUCUCUUACACUGUAUUCUGCUGUGUGAUAGAUGGGUUUGGCUCAAUUAUGUUUAGAUUCAGAGAGAACAGAGGGUGAAAAUUGUCAAAUCAAUCAAAAUUCAAUCAUUUUUCUGCUUCAGUGUAGUUACUGCAUUUUGUUUUUUGUAAAUUAUCUUGCAUCUCAACACGCUAAUCAUUUAAGAAAUGCAGUGGAGAGAAUUAAUAUAGCCCAGUUUAUUUGCAAGUGUUGUUUUGGUGCCCAGUUCAGUAAAGGAAUUAAAUUAGGUAAUAGUUCAAACAUAUCAAAAAAUUUGUGCUGAACACAAUGUGCAUGGUGAAAUUCCCCACUGCAAUUCAAUUCUGACUGCUACACUCUAAAAAAUGCUGGGUUAAAAACAACCCAAGUUGGGUUGAAAAUGGACAAACCCAGCAAUUGGCUUGUUUUAACCCAACGGUAGCGUUAAAUGUUUGCCCAACCUGCUG